AUGUUGAGAAACGUUCACGGAAUUUUGAAUGCUGUGAGUUGGGGAAUAAUGAUGCCUAUUGGAGUGAUGAUGGGUCGUUACUUGAAGGUGUUUGAUGGUUUGGGAGAGACUUGGUUUCGCUUGCAUAAAGCAUGCCAAUCACUAGCCUUCUUCAUCGCCAUUGCUGGGUUUGUAACUGGUCUGUAUAUUGGAAUUCACUAUGGGGUUCAUCAUGCUCCUCAUCGAUGCAUUGGAAUCACUUUAGUGUGUCUUGCAUCUGCACAAGUUUUUGUUGCUAUGUUUUUUAGGCCCAAGAAAACUCAUAAGUACAGAAUAUUUUGGGAAAUUUUUCAUUACAUAGUUGGUUACGCAACUAUUGUCUUGGCCAUAGUGAAUGUGUUAAAAGGUUUUGACAUUUUGAAUGAUCACAAUGGGUGGAAGAAGAAGUAUUUGGGCAUAAUCAUAUCACUGGCUGCUAUUGCUGUCAUUUUGGAGGUCAUAACAUGGGUUUGGGUUUGCAAGAAGAAGAGAACCAAGAACUCUCAAAACCACGUUACCAUUGGUCAACAACAAACAUAG